GUGGCUCUCUGUGGUACAGUCUUGGCUAGCACGCUAUUUAAACGGCAGCUUUACAGGCUUCCCCAUUCAAAGCAAUCAGCCUCUGCACAUUUAAUGGUCUCCUUCAGAGACCAGACCACAACCAGUUCCUGUAACUUUUGCAAAAAGUUUCCCCCCUCCUCUGUAACUUUGUUUUCUCGCUGCUUUCUUUUCUUCCCCCCAACUGGCCCUUGAGAAAGCAAUCCCCUCUCCUGCACCAACACCCCUUCCGAAACAAUAAGAAAAUCAGACCCCUGCUCGGUCAGGAUGCGAGCUGUUUCAGCAGGUCUCGCCUGCCUGUACUGCACACUGCUGUUGCUGGCGUCAGGGAGCACAUUGGAUAUCGAUGCGGUGGUGCUGCUGCCGGUGGAGAGCACUUACCUGUUCUCCAUGAACAAGAUCAGGCCAGCCAUCGACUACGCCAUCCAGAGCCUGGCGGAGAGCCGGCUGAACUUCAGCGUGCGCUACCUGGACUCAGAGUGUGGCAACAAGGCGCUCUUUCACCUGGUGGACAUCAGCAUGCUGCAGAAACCCGAUGUGAUCAUGGGGCCAGUCUGUGACUACGCGGCUGCCCCGGUCGCCAGGCUGGCGUCCCACUGGAACAUCCCCAUGGUAUCGGCCGGCCCUCUAGCCUCGGGCUUCGUGCAUAAAAUGCCCGAGUAUGCCUACCUGACGCGGGUCUCUCCUUCUUACUCCAAGAUGGGCGAGAUGUUCUUGGCCAUGUUCCGGCGCUACAGGUGGAAGAGGGUAGCUCUAGUGUACGCGGAAGACUUUGAAGAGAGGACCUGCUUCUUCACCAUAGAGGGGGUCCACGUCGCCUUUGUCGGGGAAGGCUAUGAGAUACAUACUUUUACAAUCUAUGAGGAAGAGGACCAUUUCGACCACAUUGUACAGCAGGUCCAGGAACAUGCCCGGAUUGUGAUUAUGUGUGCGAGUAGUCAGACCAUAAGGAAAAUCAUGCUUGCAGCACAUCAACAGGGAAUGACCAGCGGAGACUAUGUAUUCUUUAACAUCGAACUCUUCAACAGCAGCCUAUAUGGAAAUGGCUCGUGGAAACAAGGAGAUAAAUUUGAUGUUGAAGCCAAAGCAGCGUACCAGUCGCUUCAAACUGUGACUCUACUGAGGUCAGCAAAGCCAGAGUUUUACAAGUUUGCCGCUGACAUGAAAAAUCGAUCACGUCAUCGGUACAAUUUGAGUCCUGAAGAUGACAAUGGUGUAAACAUGUUUGUGGAGGGGUUCCAUGAUGCCGUUGUGCUGUAUGCAAAAGCACUGCAAGAAGUCCUGAAGCAAGGAUACAGCAAAACCAAUGGAUCAAAGAUUGUAGAGACAAUGUGGAAUACAACCUUUGAAGGCAUAGCAGGCCAGGUAUCAAUUGAUGCCAAUGGGGACAGAUAUGGAGAUUUCUCAGUGAUCGCAAUGACGGAACCUGAAACAGGAAAUCAAGAGGUAAUAGCUGACUACUAUGGUUUGAAUGCAACCUUUGAACUCAGGCCAAACGUAAGGCUCCUUUGGGCAAAUGGAAUGCCACCUCCAGAUGAACCUAGCUGUGGCUUUACGAAGGAACAUUCUGCUACCUGUAAAUCAUGUGGGCUUGGAGAGUCUGCAGUCACUGGCAUUGUAGUCGGCUCAUUGUUGGGAUGUGCAUUGCUGCUGGCGUUUUACUUGUUCAGGAAGAAAUACAGGAUAACUAUUGAAAGACGUGCACAACUGCAUGAAGCUGACAAUGGUAAGCAUCACCAUUUGAGAGAAGACUCUGUCCGAUCCGACCUGUCAACAGCCUAAACUAUAAAAUUGAAUCUUCCCUCUUACAAACUUUCAACUUUUAGGGAGGUUUACCAAAGGUAUCACUGCAAACAAAAGGCCGAUAAGAAACGCAUUAUUUUGAAGACAAGGCUAUUAAUAUGUCAUAGAUUUUUUUUUGUUGCUUUUGAAAACUCAGGAAUAAUUCAAGUUUUACACUGCACCACUAUACUGGAAGCUUCAUCUCAUUGAAGAUGAUCAAAUGUGAUACAGCAUGUUUCAUAGAGGCCAGAAAGGACUUGCACUGGCAACCUAAAAAUAAAUCUUCAAAAGAAGGUAUUCUUUGGGUGGUUGUGUCUCCCAGUAAGUUACUGGGAACUGUCCAAUAUCCAUCCUUAAAUCUUACCGAAUAAAAUUGAUCUUAGAGCCAAGGUGAUAUAUUUUAGCAAAGUUCAUGAAUUCUCAAAUCAUACUGACAGAUGUACAUUUUUUUAAAAAAAUUACUACUAAAGGGUAAAAGUUACCUUUGGAUAUAGUUUUAUGUGAAUGCUUAAUGCAUUUAAAUCAGAUUUCUCUCUUGACUGUAACAACAAAGGUGUUCACUAUAAAUGGCCCUCUUUUUUAAGUAAAGUAGCAGAAAUUAUUUUUGAGAAAAGCAUUAAGGAUUCAUUCAUAAUAUAGAUGAUAGAAAUUACUACCCCUGUACUGCUUCAAAAUAUAUUUCAGUGGAUCCAUCUAUGUGAGUUUACUAUAUUACACAUAAAACACUGCAAUUUGUAGAUUACAUAUGUCAUAGAAGGCUCACUGAACUAGGCUGCUCUUUGCUGUGUUAUAAAAGUGAUUUAGUUUAUUGGACGUGAUAACUAAAUCUUCAGUAAUGGAUAAUGGCAACAAUAACUUACAAUUAUAUAGUACUCUAAAUGUACAAACUGGCUCAAAGUGCUGUACCGUUAUUAAUCCAGUCUAUUUUAUUGCUCUGUCAUACUUGUAAGCUGUAAACAGCGGCUAAAUCCUUGACAGCUAAGAAUCAUCUAUUUUAUACAAUAAUUAUUGACUUUAUUUACCAAGCAUUGUAAUCACAACAAUAUUGAAAAUUAUGAUGCAGUGUUAGGAAUUAAAUAUACAUCUUACAUUAAACUGUACAAUGAAUAUUGACUUUCAGCUUUGACAAUAAACAUUAUAAACAUUUGAAUAGUUUGGGAAUAUUGUCUUAAAGGGGUAUGCAAUAAAUAAGUCAAUAUUUAAUAUUUUUAGACUAUAAUGAUAAAAUAUUAAGCAAUUUGUAGUAUUUUCAACAGUAUGCUAAACAAUAUCUUGUAUAUAUGAAUUAAUUUGGAUACACUUGUACAGUGAUUGGGAAGAUGAAUUUUUUAUGUUCAUUUCAAAAAGUUUCUUAAACAUUCUAUUAUUAUUCAAGUUGAUUUAGAUGCUACUGUUAGUACAUUAGUGGGCAGUGAGAAUAUAAUUCCGAUAAUGAUCUUAUUGUGGAAGGCAGAGAAAUUGGUUACCUAUGUUGACAUAUAUAUAAUAUAUAGUAUGCUUGUCACAGUACAAAAGUUGUGGAAUAUUCCAAGUUAAUUGUUCCUCGUAUUCACCUCACUAGAUUCUAACUGCGACAUCAUGAUUUAAGCAAGUUGUACGAUAUUAAAGUGUUAUGGUCUAUGUAUAGACAUUUAUGUCCACAGUACUUUGGUUACUUUUGCUCAAUUUAGUUUAUUAAUUGUUUCUACAGGCAAAUAAUGCUUGUUUGGCCCUGAAAUAUACUCUGUUUAAGUGUAAAUACUGUACAUCUGAUGUUUUUAGCAUAUGUCUGAUGGAUUUUGUAAUGUAUUAUGCCAUCAGAUAAUGGCUGUAAAUUUAUCGUAUAACUUUCAAACCCCAAUUGCAAAGAAACAAAACUGGCUUUUAAAAAUGAAAACUCAUUAAUCAAAAAAAGAGUAGAAAAAAAUCCUUCUUAAAUAUGUUAUUUGAAGUAUUUGUGGAAUACUGAAGGUGAAUUCCAAAUUAGAUGUGAUCACUUUCAUCAGGGUUUCUUCAAAUGAGAUGAUUGCUUCGAAAUGAAAGACCGAUGCACCUGAAUUCGAAGGAAAAACCUUUACGGAAGUAAAGAUUUCAUGAGUUUUUCUAUAUAUUUUAUCACUUCCAGCAUGUACCACUAAAAGUAUUGUUAGCAACUGAUGAUAUGAAAUGGGCUGCCAAUAUUCAGAUUAUGAGCUGCUGUUUUUAAAUAUGUAAUUAGAAAUGGAAAGAAUUUGUAUUAAAGUUUAGCAAUUUAAGAAUACUGGAAAAAAAUUCUUUGAAUGCUGAUAGAUAUGGAUGUUUCAACUGCAAAUGCAAGGGUGCCAUACAGUAUAACAGUAAUAUACUGACCUAAGUAGAAAUAUCUGCAUAUAAUGUGAUAUUUAUUUAACAGUUGUGUAGAAUUUAACAUUCCUAACUGUAGAUAGUUUGUUUUUUAAAUUACAGUUGUGUUAUAUAUUCAUUCCGGAUGUGUUGGUCAGUUUUAGAUUGCCUAUACCCUGUAUUGUACCAUUUUGUCUAUUAAACGUAAUGAUGUGCAAAUGUCUUUGUAAACUGUUUUGUUUUCUGUAAACCAAUGUGUGGUAGAUUAUUCUCAGAAUAUUAGAGCAAAGCAGAUAUUGGCAAUAAAAUAACAUAUAAGU